AUGGAUCUAAAAGACUAUUACCUGUUGGGCUCCCUGCUUGCCUGCAUAUGGCUAGAUCCUUCAAUAGCCCAAGAGCUUAUCUACCCCAUCAGAGAGGAGUUGCAAGAAAAUGUCCUCAUUGGAAACAUACCAAAGGACCUAAACAUUUCCCAUACAAAUGCUGCCACUGGAGCAAGUGCUAAUCUAGUGUACCGGCUCGUCUCCAAAGCAGGAGAUAACCCACUGGUCCGCGUUCUGAGCAGCACUGGCGAGAUAUUCACAACAUCAAACAGAAUCGACAGGGAGAAGUUGUGCCCCGGUCCCUCGUUUGAGGACAGCGAGUGCUCCUUUGAAAUUGAAGUGGUCAUCCUGCCUAAUGAUUAUUUCAGGCUGAUUAAGAUCAAAAUAAUUGUCAAAGACACAAAUGAUAAUGCCCCCAUGUUCCCGUCCCCUGUGAUCAACAUCUCCAUCCCAGAGAACACGCUCAUUAACAGCCGCUUUGCUAUUCCUUCUGCCACUGACCCAGACACUGGCCCCAACAGUGUCCACAAAUACGAGCUGAUCAACGGGCAAAGUGCCUUCGGCUUAGACAUAGUAGAGACGCCUGAGGGGGAGAAGUGGCCCCAGCUCAUUGUGCAGCAGAAUCUGGACAGAGAGCAGAAGGAUACAUAUGUGAUGAAGAUCAAAGUGGAGGAUGGUGGCAGUCCACAGAAAUCCAGCACUGCCAUUCUUCAAGUCACAGUAACAGAUGUCAAUGAUAACAAACCAGUGUUUAAAGAGGGUCAGAUAGAGGUGCAUAUACCAGAGAACUCCCCUAUCGGCACGUCUGUUGUGCAGCUUCAGGCCACAGAUGCAGACAUAGGGGGAAAUGCAGAGAUACGUUAUGUCUUUGGGACUCAGGUGUCUCCUUCUACUAAAAGACUCUUCGCAUUAAAUACAACAUCUGGCCUUAUUACAGUGCAGAGGCCUCUGGACAGAGAGGAGACUGCUAUUCAUAAGCUCUCUGUUUUAGCUACUGAUGGAAGCUCUAGUCCUGCCAGAGCUACUGUUAACAUAAAUGUGACUGAUGUUAAUGACAAUCCACCUAAUAUUGACCUGAGAUACAUAAUCAGUCCCAUUAACGGCACUGUUUUCCUUUCAGAGAAGGAUCCCAUAAAUACCAAGAUAGCUCUCAUCACGGUGUCAGACAAAGACACUGACAUCAAUGGCAAGGUCAUUUGUUUCAUAGAGAAGGAUGUGCCCUUCCAUCUUAAAGCCGUAUAUGACAACCAGUAUCUGUUAGAGACAUCUGCACUGCUUGACUAUGAAGGGACCAAGGAAUACAACUUUAAAAUUGUAGCUUCCGACUCUGGAAAACCAAGCUUGAAUCAGACUGCCUUGGUAAGAGUGAGGCUGGAGGAUGAGAAUGACAACCCGCCUAUUUUUACUCAGCCAGUUAUUGAGCUGGCUGUUAUGGAAAACAACAAACGCGACCUGUUUCUUACUACUCUUAGCGCCACAGAUGAAGACAGUGGGAAAAAUGCAGAGAUAGUUUAUCAGCUGGGACCAAAUGCAUCAUUCUUUGAUCUCGACCGCAAAACAGGGGUCCUGACUGCAUCCAGGGUUUUUGACCGGGAGGAUCAAGAUCGGUUUCUCUUCACUGUAACGGCAAGAGAUAACGGGACACCCCCUCUGCAAACGCAGGCAGCCGUUAUUGUAACUGUGCUGGAUGAAAAUGAUAACAACCCUAAGUUCACACAUAACCACUUUCAGUUCUUUGUGUCUGAGAAUCUUCCCAAAUACAGCACUGUGGGGGUGAUAACUGUGACAGAUUCAGAUGCUGGAGAAAAUGCUGCUGUUUCUCUUUCCAUACUGAAUGACAAUGAGAACUUUAUACUGGAUCCUUACUCUGGGGUGAUAAAAUCUAAUGUGUCAUUUGAUAGGGAGCAACAGAGCUCCUACACUUUUGAUGUCAGGGCUGUAGACAGUGGCAGGCCUCCUUGCUCCUCAGCUGCCAAGGUGACCAUCAAUGUCAUCGAUGUGAAUGACAACACCCCCAUCGUCAUCUACCCCCCCUCCAACACAUCUUUCAAGCUCGUCCCUCUCUCCUCUAUCCCAGGAUCUGUGGUAGCAGAAGUGUUUGCUGUAGAUGGGGAUACAGGGAUGAAUGCAGAGCUAAAAUACACCAUAGUGAGUGGGAACAACAAAGGUCUGUUCAGAAUUGACCCUGUCACAGGGAAUAUUACCCUGGAGGAAAAACCAGCAGUGACUGACAUUGGCUUACACAGAUUAGUGGUCAAUAUCAGUGACCUGGGAUAUCCCAAAUCUCUCCAUACUCUGGUGCUGGUAUUUCUGUAUGUCAAUGACACUGUUGGCAACUCAACACUCAUUUAUGAUCUCAUCCGACGCACCAUGGAGACACCAAUUGACCGAAACAUUGGUGAAAGCAGUGAAACUUAUCAAAGUGGUGACUAUUUAACCAUAAUGAUAGCCUUCGUUACUGGCGCCUUAGUGGUGAUCAUAGUCAUCUUUGUCACUGUGCUGCUACGAUGCCGCCACGCUUCAAGGUUCAAAGCCGCACAGAGGAAAAAACAGGGGGCCGAGUGGAUGUCACCCAACACAGAGAACAAGCAGAACAAGAAGAAAAAGCGCAAGAAAAGGAAAUCCCCAAAAAGCUCUUUGCUCAACUUUGUCACCAUUGAGGGGAACAAACCUGACGAUCCGGCCCAUGAGCCAAUUAACGGAACCAUCAGCCUGCCCACUGAGCUGGAGGAGCAAGGGAUUGGACGCUUUGAUUGGAAUGCCACACCCACCACAACCUUCAAACCUAGCAGCCCAGACCUGGCCCGGCACUACAAGUCCGCCUCGCCACAAUCAGCCUUCCACCUCAAGGCUGACACGCCAGUGUCGGUGAAGAAGCAUCACGUGAUUCAGGAGCUCCCAUUGGAUAACACAUUUGUUGGGGGCUGUGACACCCUUUCCAAGAGGUCCUCCACGAGCUCCGACCACUUCAGUGCCUCAGAGUGCAGCUCCCAAGGAGGGUUCAAGACGAAGGCGCCCAUGCACACCAGACAAGGUCCUUUAACUGGAACAUUAACUCGUGCCCGAACUGAACUGAACCCUGAAUAUCUGGACCUCCGUCCGCGAGCUGAUCUGAACCCUGAAUAUUGGACCCCUUGCACCCCUUUAUCGCAGCGGCGCGUCACGUUUCACCUGCCGGAUGGCUCUCAGGAGAGCUGCAGUGACAGCGGUCUGGGGGACCACGAGCCUGUAGGCAGUGGCUCCCUCCUCACACAACCUCUCCCUCUGGUGCAGGCGCAGGACGACUUCUACGAGCAGGCCUCCCCUGAUAAGCGAACUGAAGCUGACGGCAACUCUGAUCCCAACUCUGAUGGCCCCUUGGGACCUCGUGGCCUAGUGGAAGCUACAGAGAUGUGCACACAGGAAUGCCUAGUCCUGGGACAUUCAGACAACUGCUGGAUGCCCCCGACCUUGGCAACAUACCAGCAUCCUAAGUCACCCGUGUCCGGCUUUGGGUCUCAGAGGGAGUGGGGUCCCAAGGACAAACUUCUCAAUGGACAUACUCUGACUAGAACCUGGAAAAAUGAGAGUGGGCGGUCAGAGCAUUUUGGUGACAGGAAGCAGUUUGGAAGCGGAGAGGGACACUUCACCAACAGUGGCAUGGCUGAUAUUCCACUGGUGAGUCUGAAGUCGUGCCAGCCAGCCUCCUGCCCAGACAGCCCGAAGGACCAGCAGCUAUAAGACGGACUUUGCUUCUGUGCUGUGAGACGUCCUUACAUCUGGACACAGUAAACAGAUGAAG